AUGGGAGAAAUACAAAGAGAGCCAAUGUCAGUGAGGAACAAGGAGGAGGAGGAGGAAGAAGAAGAAGAAGCGCAAGUUCAAAUUUGGAAGUACAUAUUUGGGUUUGUUGAAUUGGCAGUAAUGAAAUGUGCCAUUGAGCUUGGCAUAGCUGAUGCUAUCGAAAGCCAUGGAGUCCCCAUGACACUUUCAGAGUUAUCAUCAACUCUAGGGUGUGAUCCUUCCCUUCUUAACCGCAUCAUGAGGUUCCUAAUGCAAAGGAAGAUAUUUAAAGCCAUACCCACCAGCCAUGGCUUCUCGGGCUAUGCUCAAACACCGCUUUCUCGCCGUUUGAUGAGAAACGGUGAACAUAGCAUGGCUUCUUUACUUCUUCUGGAGAGUAGUCCCGUAAUGCUAGCACCUUGGCAUAGUCUGAGUGCUCGUGUUUUGGCUAAUGGCAAUCCUUCAUUUCAAAGCACUCACGGUGAAGACGUUUGGCGCUAUGCUUCGGCAAAUCUUGAUCAUAGCAACCUCAUCAAUGAAGCCAUGGCUUGUGAUGCUAAGUUGGUUGUGCCUGCCAUCAUUCAAGGUUGCAGCGAUGCAUUUGAUGAACUCAGCACAUUGGUGGAUGUUGGUGGCGGAAACGGCGCCACCUUGCGCCUCAUCCUUAAGGCUUUACCAUGGAUUCGAGGAAUCAACUUUGAUCUUCCCCAUGUCAUCGAUGUUGCCCCAAAGUGUGAUGGGGUGGAACAUGUAGCAGGUGACAUGUUUCGAAGUGUUCCCAAAGCGGAUGCUGUUUUUCUCAAGUGGGUUUUGCAUGAUUGGGGUGACGAAGAGUGCAUCCAAAUAUUGAAAAAGUGUAGGGAAGCAAUUCAAAAGGAAAAUGGAAGGGUUAUAAUUGUGGAGGCAGUGAUCGAAGAAGGAGGGAAGCAAGACAGGUUAAAGGAUGUAGGAUUGAUGAUGGACAUGGUGAUGAUGGCGCAUACUAACUUUGGCAAAGAGCGCACCCUGAAAGAGUGGCAAUAUGUCAUCAAAAUGGCUGGAUUCACCUCAUAUAUUGUGAAACCCAUAAAUGCUGUGCAGUCCGUCAUUAUUGCUCGCUCUUAAAAUUAUGACAAAAACCAAAUUCUCAUAAUCAA